CCCUCAGCACUAUCACAUGAAUCUGGACUGAGCAGUGGAUGUGAAAAAAGUUUGGAGGUCUCGCUGAAAUCACUUUUCUCCAACUGGUUUCCUGUAUAUCCAUGGCUUUGUUUCCCACUUGAGGAGGCUUUUCACUUGAAAGUUUGCAUCGGGAAUCAGUGUCGCUCCGAGUGUUUUUCCCCGGCUGUGAUUUCUCCAGUUUCUUUUUUUUUUUUUUUCCCUGCAGGAAUACAGAGAGAGAGAGAGAGAGAGAGGGGGGAAACGGUCUGGCUGCUUGAAGGCCAGUUCGGAUGGAGGUGUGUGCGGCUCCCUCACUCCUCAUCACGUCCGCGCCCAUUCCUCCCCUGCCUCCCUCCCAGUUAACUCUCUCUCCACUCAAGCAGCCGAUGUAGCAGCAACAGCGAUCAUACCUGACGACGUGCCACUCCCCCAUGGUUGGGAAAUGGCCAAAACGCCUACCGGCCAACGUUACUUCCUCAAUCACGUGGAUAAGACAACUACUUGGCACGACCCCCGACUUUCACAGCUUCAGUCGGCUGCAGCUCAGCAUCCUAUCUCUGGCACUCCGGUCCACGCCCACUCUCUCAGCAACCCAGCACCCACUACGCAACCACAAAACAUCAAUCCAGAGACAGGUCCACUGCCUGAAGGCUGGGAGCAGGCUGUGACUGCAGAUGGAGAGGUGUACUACAUCGAUCACAUAAAUAAGACCACCGCAUGGGUCGACCCGCGUCUAGCCCAGAAGAUGAACCCCGGCAUCCUUGGAUUGGCACUGCAGCAAAGGCAGGAAAAGGAAAGGCUCAGAUGCAAACAACAAGGCCUUCCUCAGCAAAUCACACCACAGGAGGCAGGAGGUAGGAACCAGAUGCCCGGUGGGAUGGACCAUGACAGGAACGCACAGACGCUUGUCCCGUCUCUGGAUGUCAGGAUCAGAGGUUCAAACCAUGAACCCACACUUAAUGGCGCUCACUCUCGCAACGAGAGCACCGACAGUGGUCUGAGCGUCAGCAGCUUACCCCGCUCAUCGGACCACAUGUUGAGCUCUGUGGAUCAUAUGGACACUGGCGACUCUGGCGAGACCUCCUCGAUGACCUUACAGGAGUCGAUGCCUGUGCUCCCGAUGUCUGAGGGCGAGGAGCUAAUGCCCUGCAUCCCCGAGGGUCUCAGUUCAGACCUUCUGAUGGACAUGGAGACCGUUCUCUCUGGGUCGCACAUGGACAGAGACAGCCUGCUCACCUGGCUAUAGACACACCCGGCCACCGCCCCCCAAAUGUGGUUUGACGUCAAAUCUUCAUAACGUGACUGAGAAAUCUGGAGAAUCGAAAGUGGUACAGAACAACAUUGCUGAGAGAAUAUGCUACUGUUGUGUGAUGGAUACCUAACACUACUCGCACCCUGAGGAAUGAAAAAAAAACCCUGACUCUCACAGAGGGUGGUAGGCUGCUGGUAUUCUCCUCUUUUUUGGGCCUGGUUUUACAGAGAUGCAUGACGGAGCAUCUAUAUUUUAGAGACACUCCUUUCUUUUUAGUCAUCGGCCUCAGAUGAUGCUCCCCCCACGUCUCUGGUAAAGUGCGUCACAGCUAAUUUUAGAGUAAAGAUUUAUUUUAUUAGCCCCACUUGGGUAACACUGAUUGCAGCAGACUUUUUUUUAAAAACACAGUGUAAAGUCAUGAAGUUUGCAUGUAGCAAAAGAAGACUAUAACACAAAAGAUCUCUCUAAAGUAGAGUUGUUCCGAAACUGAUACCAGUAUUGUAAAUUGCUGCGGUACUGCCUAAAAUGUGGUAUUAGGUAUCAGCGAGUACAACUGUCCAAUAGCAUGUAAUGUAUUAGCCCCAAAAGGGGACUCUGCUGGGAAGUAGCAGGGUACUGUUCGUAUUUUCAAGUCAUGUCGCCCUAUUUUGACUCUGACAAAGUGAGGCAGGCCAAACAAUGACAGCAAUCAUACAGGCUUAGUAGUGAACGCUUGUUAAAAAAGAAGAUAUAUAUUUCUUUUGAACGCAGAUACAAAAAGUUCAGGCAUCAGAAUCGGUAUCGUGAAGGAAAAAUUUGUAUGGGAACAUCUCUACUGUAAAGAUAUUUAACAGUAACUGAAAACAUCAUAUCCACUUGUAGUGCAUGUAGUGCUACUGCCUCUAAGCAGCCUGUAAUUUGUCAGUUUAAUGCUCAGUCAUACAAAAUAUGUUCUUAAGAAGCGUCAGGACUGAGAGCAUGAGAUGAAUUAAAGAAUUUACCUGGAUUAACACUACAUUGGUUCCAUAAAACCAAAAAUCUGCUCAAAAAAGGCUUGUUAAAGCUCGUGCUACCAAUGCUACGCAGACAUCAGGGGCGGGACGCACCCCUUGUGGUGAGCUAGUAGCGGAUGAAGAACACUAACAAGAGUCCCAUUUAACUUUAGAAACAGUCAGUCAAAAUGCUUACAAGCCAAAAAACAGUAUUAAAAUCCCUCUGUGUGGAAGACUGUAGGGCUGCUCAAGACCAAGAUUGUAAUAUCUUUAAGGUGUUUUUUAAAUUAAGUUAAGGAGGAUAAACUUAGGUCACAGUGAAGACCUCAUUCCUAACAAAUCAAAGCCUGUUAAAAGCCGCCAGAAAUAAAGGCUACAGGCUAGUGCCACUAUGUAGAGGAGUCUUAACUUUGGGCACUAAAAAUACAGUAAAGUGUGUUUUUAGGAGCACUGGACACGUGUUCAGUAUAAUGCAAUCCAACACAAUACAAGGUUUCCCCCUGCAGAUUGUGAUCCUGAAACUGUUAAUAGAUGGCAGCCUAAACUAUAACCACAGUAGACUUAUGGCCUUUGCUGUGUGAAAUAGCAUAUAAAAGUGUGUUAAUUGUUACAUUAGUUCAACUUCGCUUUAUAACACUCCAGGAAACCAUGCACCGGCCUUGCUACACUUUACCUUACUAAUAUUCAGGUUUUGUUAGUAUUGUGUUUGAGUUUUUGUCGUAUUGGAUUGCAUUUUAUUGUGAAGUGUUCCAGACAUUUUGUCCACUCCAGCAUUGAAUAUAAGCUUCACAAAGGUAGUAUUUAUUCGAGAUUUGUUUUAUUGGAUUACAUUAUAUUGUACAGUUGUAGUGUUAAGAAAUGGUGCCACAUAAUUGUCAUCACAACCUGUACAUGUUCUCUCCUUAGUGUGCAGCAGAGAUUUAAGCACUUUCUACUAAUCAGUGCUGAUACAGCUCUCAGCGGCUCUGAAACAUAAACAUAAAAAAUAUUCAAUUUAUCAGCCAGCAACUUUCAGAGGCUGUUAAGCUGUUUUAUUCCCUUUUCUCAUUUUUCCCACUAUUGGCUCGAUACAUUCCUCACAGUUUCCUUUUUUCACAUUUAUUCAUUCAGUGGCAUCAUAAAUGUUCCUCCCACAGAAAGAUAUACAACCAGUAACCGUCUCAGCCAAGUUUUCGCUCCUUAACUACAAAUCAUCUACACUUGAUACUUUUGCUGACCAUUUUUGAAUGCAUGCAGUACAGACUUAGCCAUUCAGAUGCACUUUUCUCACUAUUUCAGGCAUCCAUUGUUUUCAGUUAAUUUCCAAAAUCGAUGAGCAGACUCUUGAAACUUGCUUGAAUGAUGUCA